AUGCCAAAACCAAGUGUGGAUAAAGGGUUUAGGUAUGAGGCAGUUGGUGGAGAGAGUGUGAUUAGGGCAUGGGAAAGGGAACAAAAAAUGGAAGAGCUGGACAUCCUGAGCAUACAUGAUAGGAGUUUUCUGGUGUAUGCUGGAGGUUUCUACAAAUCAGAAGGCGUAGGAUAUACAUGUCAUUUACUAGUCCAAAGGAUGAUAGACCCAGCUCCAUUGGCCGUGUCAGUAUCAUCCCUGGUCGGCACGGUUUCCUCCACGGCUUGUAUAGAUGCAGGUGCCGUGGAGUCGGAGAGUCCAUUCUUCCAAAGCUGA